AUGAAUUAGGACCAACUAAAUUUUGAUUUCUCUGUGAAAGCUUUAUUCAUUUUUAACCCGUUAGCCGUUCCGACCAUACCCAAACCAUCUGAGUAGGAUUAAUAAGAUGCAAAAUUAAUUUAUUACUAUCCAUAAGGUGCAAAUAUUGAAGAAAAGAGAAUUUAAACAGGAAUGGCUGAAGGUAUCUUUCAAUUUUUCGCGCAAUUUAAUCCUAGUCCUAAUCUAAUGGAACAGCAGGAAAAUAAAAGCAAAAAUGAAUCUUUGCAGUUUCAAACAAUACAUUUGGAGUAACAGACCCACAUCAUCUGCAGGGUGAGAGAGGAUCUUUUUCUAUUUAUAACCUUGGCUCAUUAAAAAAUACCAAAAAUAAAAACUAUUGUUGAGGAUUACUUUUUUAGUGAAUGCAAUAAAUUUCAUUAUAGUUUAUCAAAAAAUUUGUAUACUAAUAUUGCGGAGAAUUUUGUGGCAAACUUUGAAUUAUUUUAUGGAUACGAUUUAACACAAGUAAAUCAUUUCACAUAGAGAUGGAUUUUAUGUAAUGCAAGAUAUGGUACAGUUUUGAAUUUAUUUAAUUUUUAAUCAUUCUCUUUAAAAUAUGCUUAGAUUGAUGCUGCCAUUUAUUUGCAUCUUUAAUCAAUCCUAACUUUUGGAAGAUAAUAGGAAGCUUAGAUAACCGAUUACGUUGUAUUUUAUGCAGGGUAUUUCCUAUUUUCAACACUCCCCCAUCAGAAGGCAAUCCUAUUUAAAGAGCAUUAUUAUGGCGGUGGAUUGCCUUGGACAAACUUGGAAUCCAAAAUAAAUCUGAAAUUCCCAGCAUGUGCAGAAAGUUAAAUUGCCUAUCUAAAUUUCUUUAAUCUAAAAAAUGCAAUCAGAGAAGGAUUUACAGGUCAAAUAGUGUAUCUGAAUAAAUAAAAGAAAAAUAUAUUCACCUAUUUGGAUAAACAAUUAUUAAUAAUUGCAAUAGCAAAUCCAUUAAAAGAUUUACAAAAUCUACCGAAUUUGGUCAAUGUCUUUUCAAAAUAGAUUGAUAAAUUAGUAUACAAGUUAGAGAUGGCGAUUGAACAAUCUUAGAAAUAAGAUUUCGUUAGAUUCAUUUACUUCAAUGGCGUUAACUUGGCUUAUAGAAUAUCCAGUUAAUUGAUUGUCCCAAAAAUGAGUUCUGAAAAUUUAAGAAUACUGCAAUUGGUGUAUGAGAAAUUGAAUACACGCAAUCAAUAUGUCAUAAGAAUAGCAGGAGUGUGGUUUUAUGGAAAUAGAGUAUCUGAAAGAAAGGUUGUAUAUAUAUUGCCAGCUAAUAUUCCAUUAAGCAAAGUGGAAGAGGAAGUAAAUAAAAUUGCUGAAUAAACAUUCCCUAAUUUGCUUUUGUGA